AUGAGCAGCAGCAGUAGUCAGGGAGCGCAUUCACUGGCAUUCAGGGUGAUGAGGCUAUGUAGGCCCACCCUCCAUGUCCAAACCCCUCUCCUCUUCGACCCCUGUGAUCUCCUCUUCGGCGAAGACUUAUUCGACCACCCCUCCGCCGCCGCUCAUCUUCCCCGUCUCCUUUCCGAUUCCAUCCCCGACCCUUCCUCCGAUCUCACUUACCGCUCCCGUUUCCUCCUCUCUCAUCCUUCUGAUUCCCUCGGCCUCCCUUCCCUCCUCGUUCUCCCUCAGUCCUUUGGGGCAAUUUAUUUGGGGGAGACGUUCUGCAGUUACAUUAGUAUAAACAACAGUUCCAAUUUCGAAGCCCGGGACAUUAUCAUUAAGGCAGAAAUCCAGACUGAGAGACAGAGGAUAUUGCUCUUAGACACAUCAAAAUCACCUGUGGAAACAAUUCGUGCUGGAGGGCGUUAUGAUUUUAUUGUGGAGCAUGACGUGAAGGAGCUCGGUGCUCACACGUUGGUGUGUACAGCUCUUUACAAUGAUGGUGAUGGGGAACGAAAAUAUCUUCCUCAGUUUUUCAAAUUCAUUGUUGCAAAUCCACUUUCAGUGAGAACGAAGGUCCGUGUUGUCAAGGAUGCAACUUUCUUGGAGGCAUGUAUAGAAAAUCAUACCAAAACUAAUCUGUAUAUGGACCAAGUAGAGUUUGAGCCAGCUCAAAACUGGACUGCAACUUUACUGCGAGCUGAAGAUAAUAUCUCAGAAAAUGAUUCAUUGACUAGGGAGUUGUUUAAGUCACCCGUUCUUAUCAGAUCAGGAGGAGGAAUUCACAACUAUCUCUAUAAGUUGAAAUCUUCUGUGCAAGGAUAUCCGCAAGUGAAGGUUGAGGGUAGCAAUGUUCUUGGUAAACUGCAGAUAACAUGGCGAACAAACCUGGGGGAACCUGGUCGUCUGCAAACACAGCAAAUCUUGGGCAGUCCUGUUGCGCAGAAAGACAUUGAACUGCAGGCAAUUGAGGCCCCGUCUGUUGUCCUCUUGGAGAAGCCCUUCUCGCUUCGCUUGAAUCUCAGAAAUCAGACAGAAAGGAUACUGGGACCUUUCCAAGUUUGGUUAUCACAAAGUGAUUCUCUUGAUGAGAAGGCUGUGAUGGUUAAUGGCCUUCAGAUGAUGCCUCUGCCACAGGUGGAUGCAUUAAGUUCCUCCGAAUUUCAGCUGAAUUUAAUCGCCACGAAGCGCGGGAUUCAAAAAAUCAAUGGAAUCACGGUGUUUGACACUCGGGAGAAGAAGACUUACGAUUCCUUGGUAGAACUAGAGAGCACACAGAAUGCUUUUGUGCCUUCCAACUUACUUGAAGGACCUUUUCAAAAAAACUUACGUGGAGGAGGCAUCACAAGUCAUGAGAGAUGUGCACUCCUGGUAUAA